CUACAGCGUCAUGCCCUCAUAUUUCACCUGGACGCUGCACGGUCCACUCAAAUUGGUUGCCUAUUGACGGCACCAAAUGGUGACUAGGUAUUGAUUUAGUAUACCGGGGUGGGACUGGCCCCUCCUCCGAGGGCUCCGAAACCCUCCUCCACCCCACCUCAAGAAUGCAUAAAUACAUCUUGUGGCAACAGACUCGAUAGAUAUUGGACCGCCAGCCUCUUUCUUCAAUCAGAGUUCAGAGCGAAAGGUGUCCCCUAGUUUGGACCAUACACUGAGGUGCAAUGGAUAGAGUGUACUCUGCCAACUAUUGCUUAGGAGUGCUGGGCCUUCUGCUGCUGCAAGGGCUACUGAGUGUGGAGGGGAGGAGCAUUCUCAACACUGGAAACAAUAUUUAUUAUCCAAAAGAAGAGCCAGACGCUCAACGCCAGAUCCUAGCACUAUUACUGAAUAAAAGCCUGGUGCCAAUCGAAAGGAAUGACAUUCCAGGUCUUGAGCUGGUGAAUAAGUUAUCUCAACUAGAAAAGCUAAGAGCGGACCUGGAUCUAGAGAGGAAGAUCACCGCAGAUGUCAUGGCUGAAGUCAAAUCCCUACCGGGGAAACGCGGCGAACCCUGUUUCUGGAAGUACUGUGUUUGAGGGCGGAGGUGGAGACGGAACAGGCCCUCUGUGCCCAGGGACAUUCACCCAGGAGCUGAAGGGUAGCGAGUCUACAGUGGGUUAGUGGGUGGGUGGGUGGGGAGGCGGAGGAGAAGGCUGCACUUGGGCAUUUACUUCACUCCUUUAUACUCUUUCUUCAUUUGUUCAGUUUAUUCAGGAUGCAUUUUAGGGAGCAUGGAUUUUGGAGAGGGGGGCAUUACCUCAGUAGUUACAGACCUGGUUGGGACUUCAUGCUGCAAAAUAUAUCUUAACCUUAAGAAUCAUGUAACUAUUAAAAGAAACAUCCAUGGCAAUAUGACACAUCAAUACACAGGCCGUGUAUCCUCAAUAUUACAUAAUAAUGUAUUAACACUGGAUUGCAGUUUUUGAUGAUUCUUUUGUUCAUAAAACACCUGUAAAUAACACUAUAAUGACUGGAACUACUUGAUUGUCAGAAAUGGCAAAUACUUGACCGAUGAGACGACUUUGGGGGGCUUGAUAUGCCCCUUACCUUGUCAUUCUGUCACCCUCUUGUGGCAUCGUUUGAUAUUGCAUUUUAUUUUUUGCACUUAAAGACACUUUCAAAGAGUAAUGUAGGUUAAUAUGCCUAUCAUCCACUUGGAGUAAUAACCUACUGUUUUAUUAUAGUGACUAAAUAAAAAUGAAUUGUGUGAAUAUGUUA